AAAGACCCACUGAUCACUUCAUUCGACACAAACACCCACACCCGUUAGGUCACCCCUGUUCCACAUCAGGAACAGGGAUCAAAACAGAGUCCAAGAGAGCUUCAGGACCCAUGGCGCCGUCCUAUGACAAGACCAUCGCGACGGCGGCCUCCCUCGCGGCGUCCCUCAUGUUGGUCCGCAGCCUGGCGAGCGAGCUGCUGCCGUCCGAGGCGCGGGACGCGCUCUCCUCGGCCCUCAACAGCCUCCGCUCGCGCAUGACAUGGCAGCACACCAUCGUGAUAGAGGAGACCGAGGGGUGGUCCGGCAACCGCGUCUAUGGCGCCGUCAAGGCGUACCUGGCCACGCGAACCAGCGCCACCCUCUCCAUGCAGCGCCUCCGCGUCAGCAGCUCCGACGAGGAGGGCCCCGACAGCAAGAUGGUGGUCAGCAUGGAGGCCGGCGAGGAGAUGGCGGACGUGUACGAGGGCACCGAGUUCAGGUGGUACCUGGUGACCAGGGAGGUCAAGGGCGACCAGAACAACAGCGGAGGCGGAGGCGGGGCGCGGGAGAUCAGGUCCUACGAGGUCAGCUUCCACAAGCGCCACAAGGAGAAGGCGCUGAAAGAGUACCUGCCCUUCAUCGUUGCCGCCGCCAAGGCCAUCAGGGACCAGGAGCGCAGCCUCAACAUCUACAUGAAUGAGUACGGCGACGAGUGGAACCCCAUCGACCUCCAGCACCCCUCCACCUUCGACACGCUCGCCAUGGACAUGAAGCAGAAGCGGGCCAUUGUUGAUGACCUCGACAGGUUCAUCAAGAGGAAGGACUACUACAGGAGGAUCGGCAAGGCGUGGAAGCGUGGGUACCUGCUGUACGGCCCGCCGGGCACCGGCAAGUCCAGCCUAAUCGCCGCCAUCGCCAACCACCUCAGGUUCGACAUCUACGACCUCGAGCUCACCGGGGUUGACUCCAACUCAGACCUCAGGAGGCUCCUCGUCGGGAUGACCAACCGGUCCAUUCUCGUGGUGGAGGACAUCGACUGCACCAUCGAACUCAAGCAGCGGGAGGAAGCCGACGAGGAACCUGCCACCAAGUCCAGUCCUACAGAGAAGAAGAAGGCAGAAGACAAGGUAACAUUGUCUGGGCUGCUCAAUUUUGUUGAUGGCUUGUGGUCGACAACUGGGGAGGAAAGGAUCAUCAUCUUCACCACCAACUACAAGGAGCGUCUCGACCCAGCACUCCUGCGGCCUGGCAGGAUGGACAUGCACAUCCACAUGGGGUACUGCACCAAGGAGGCUUUCCGGAUUCUCGCUAACAACUACCAUUCCAUCGACUACCAUGCCACCUACCCAGAGAUUGAGGCGCUGAUCCAGGAGGUGACGGUGACGCCAGCAGAGGUCGCCGAGGUUCUGAUGAGGAACGACGACACUGAUGUUGCCCUCCAUGAUCUUGUCGAUCUUCUGAAGUUAAAGAAGAAAGAUGCCAUUGAGAUCGAAAGUAAGCAGGCAGAGGAGAAGAAAGACGCCAAUGAGAUCAAGACCCAGAGUAUGCAGGUGGACGAGAAGAAAAUUGUUGAUGAGAUCAAGACUGAAAGUGUGCAGGUGGAGAAGAAAUAAGACAAAAAGGUAGUGGUGAAGAAUGAUUUCACAGAAAACGGAAGCGGCUAGGAGUGCGGAAGCUGACGGUGACCAGAGACUCUGUGUACCCUGUAGAUAGGUCCUACAGGAGAUCCAUUGGAACAUCUGUCGAUCAUUUUGAGAACUACAAAUAUUCCCUUUUUUUAGUAGUUCAACACACCUGUACUUAACAGUGUGCUUCUAAAUAACUUUGUAAGUACUGUCGCAACAAGUUACAUAUAUGCAACUUGACAUCUUACAUAA